AUGCGUCUUCAAUCAGUUGCCUCUGUCCUCUUUGCUUCGGCCUUUGCCCAAGGCGCCCUCCACCCCAACGAACCUCGCAACUUGGUCAACGCCCAUGACAUCAAACCUCGUCAGACAGCCGACAGCGCAGAGUGUGCCACCAUCUUCGAACCCCUCGUCACCGGUCUGCCGUCUCUGCCCCCCGACUUCAUCUCCUUCUGGAGUGAUAACAACCCCCAGACCAAGGGCUGUCUUGCCCAGCCCCCUCCGUCCCUGACGUCUCAGUUCGCGAGCGUCUACGACGACUUCGGUUCGUGGAUUUCGUCCAACGAAGGCGUCUUUUCGAGUAUCGCUUCCAAGUGCCCCCAGUAUAAUUUUAAUGGGGGUGGUUUUGCCAAGAGGGCGGAUUUCCCUGCGGUUUUUACUCGGCUACCUCCUGAGGCGGCGUCUUGGCUCAAGUUUGCCACUGCUUCGGGUAUACCUCCUGAGUGGGCUGCCUACGGCUCCUAUUCUCCCUGUCCAGCCUCAGCUACCACUUCGACUGCUGAACCGACUGCAACUCCUGUCGAAACCGGAAGCAUCUCGACUCCAUCGCCGGUUUUGGUCAACGCAGGAGAUCGCAGCAAGGCCCGCUCUGUUUACUUUGCGGUUGUUGCUGGAAUGGUCGGAGCGGCUGUCGCCAUGUAA